AUGAAUUAAGACUCUUUUUCACUGUUAGAUCUUAAAUGUAAGGUUCACUCUCAAGAUAAUGUGCUUUUCUGGUGUUAAUAAAGUGAGUGUUUAGAGAAUAGAAUUUUUUGUUUAAAAUGCCAAAAAUAGAAGAAACAUAUCUAACAUUUUGAUGAAGAUGUUCAUAGCAUUCAUGAAUUGAAAUCAUUUUUAAUUGAGAAAUCAACUCAUUCAAGGGAUAUCAUAUUAUAAUACCAAUCUAAAUUCUAAUAAUUAUCUAAAUCUAUUGAUACCUUAAUAUCUGGUUUAUUAUACAAGUUCUGUGGAUUUGAAGAUAAAAUUAAUAAUCUCAACCAUAACUAGUGGUAAUAAAUUCUAGAAUCAUCUAUAAUAUUUGACAAAUUUAGAAAUACUUUCGAUACUAACAUUUUAAAUUUAUUGUUGAAAUUUCAGAAAUAGAUUGGCAAUCUUUUUAGUUACUUAGAAUUACAUCAUAUUACAUAUUAAAUCACUGAUUCGUAAAAGAUAAUCAAUAACAAAGAAUAUCAAGAAGGUUAGAUUAAAUUUUAUAAUCUAAUAGGUAUCUAAUUAAGCAUCUCAGAUUAAUAAAAUGAAGCCAUCGAAAUAUUUGACAAGCUGUUGUUAAUUGAACCAUAUAAUAUAGAAAUUAUGUAAUAAAAAGGUAAGUAGUUGUAACUAUUUGAAGGAAAUUCAUUAUUUAUUUUGAAUAAAUUUGAUAAUGCAAUAUAAAUAUACAAUGAUGUACUAAAAAUAAAUCCAAAAACUGAAUAAGCAUUACAGAAUAUAGGUUAUUGAUUUUUGAUAAUUUAGGUGAUAUCUUAAGAAAAUAAAAAUGUUACAAUGAAGCUAGAUAGAAUUACGAAAAAUGUAUAUUUAUAAAUUAGAAUAACUCAGCGAUUUAAUAUGGAAUAGGUUUUAUUUUUCCUUCAAUCUUAAGGUGAAUGUCUAAGAGAUACUUUCUAAUUUAAAGAAGCUUUGCCGUACUAUUCAAAAGCUAUUGAGAUAGAUUCAUCCAAAAAAGAAUACUUCUACUCUUAAGGUAACAAAUAUACAAAUUUCAUUAAGGAGAUUGCUUAAUCUAAUUAGAAAGGUAUGAGGAAUCUAUUUAUUGUUAUAAUAAAGUUUUAAAUGUGGAUACAAAUCAUGCUGAGGCAUAUGCAGGAAAAGGUAUGAUACUAAUAAUUAAUAAUAAAAAGGAAUUUGUCUAUUGUUUCAAGGAAAGAUCAACGAUGCAUUAAUUAAUUUAGAAAAAUCAUUAACUCUGAAAUAAACUCUAUUAGGAUAUUAUGGAAAGGGUAGAAUAGUAAUUUUAAUUCUUAGGAUUAUAAUUAUAUUUAAUAAAUGAUUAUUUUGAAGCAAUAUAAUAUUUGGACAAAGCUUUGAGCAUCAAUUCAUAGCAUUUAUAAACACUAUGGGUUAAAGGUAAACUUAAUUCUAUUUUUUAAAGGUGAUUGCCUAAAAUAGAUUAAAUAAUAUAAGUAGGCUAUUUUAUAGUACGAUAAAAUAUUAUUCGUCAAUCCUGAUCAUUUGUUAUCUUUAUAUGGUAAAGGUAUAAUUGAUUCUAUUAAACAAAGGAGGAUGCUUAACUGAAAUGAAUCAAUUUGAGGAGGCAGUGGAGUUUUAUGAAAAGGCAUUAUUGAUUCAUCCAUAAUAUGUUGACUCCUUAUGUGGAAAAAGUUAAUAUUUUUUUAAAUAGAAGGUGAAUGUUUAAAAAUGAUGAAUAAAAAAGAGCAGGCACUUGAGUGGUAUUAAAAAGCAUUGAGCAUUAAUCCACAUCAUGUUCCAUCAUUAUGUGGAGCAGGUAAAUAUAAUUUAAUUAUCUAAGGUGAUUGUCUAAAAAUGAACAAUAAAUUUAUAGAGGGACUUGAAUAUUAUGAUAAAGCAUUAAACAUAAAUCCAAAACAUUUAUUAUCUUUAUGGGGCAAGGGUAAAAAAAUUUAAUUAAUUAAGGCGAAUGUUUAAAAAUGAUUAAUCAAAUUGAAGAGGCACUUAAAUAGUAUGACAAAGCAUUAACUAUCAACAAAUAACAUGCAUUAUCUUUAUGGGGAAUAGGUAAAUGUAUUCAAAUUAUCAUAGGUGAUUGUCUAAAAAUAAAAAAAAAAUAUGAACAAGCUCUUGAAUGGUUUCAUAAAGUGCUUAUAAUUGAUCCAAUGAAUAUUUUAUCUUUAUGGGGAAUAAGUAACAUAACUCAAUAAAUAAAGGUGAAUGUUUAAAGAUGAUGAAUUAAUUUGAAGAAGCGCUUGUAUGGUAUGAUAAAGUUUUGGUUAUUAAUCCUCAGCAUUUAGAUUCAUUAUAUGGGAAAAGUAAAUUUUCUAGAAUUAAUCAAAGGUGAAUGUUUAAAACUGAUGAAUCAAUUUGAAUAAGCCCUGAAAUUCUUUGAUAAAGUUUUAAGCUUCAACUAAUAACAUGUAUUAGCAAUUUGGGGAAGAGGUAAAAUUAAUUUUUAAAUAAAAAAGGUGAUUGUUUAAAAAUGAUGAGUCAAUAUGAAUAAGCUAUUGAAUGGUAUAAUAAAGUGUUGAGUAUCGAUCCAUUACAUAUUCUAUCUUAGUGGGGAAGAGGUAAAUUAAAUAAGAUUAAUAUAAGCUGAAUGUCUAAAAAUGAUGAAUAAAUUCCAAUAAGCAUUAGAACGAUAUGAUGAAGCAUUGAGCAUUAAUCCCCAAGAUGUAUAAUCUUUAUGGGGAAGAGGUAAAUUUAAUUCAUUGAUUUAAGGGGACUGCUUAAUAAGAAUGAAUUAAUUUGAAUUUGCAUUUAAGUCUUUUGACCAAGCAUUAAACAUAGAACCAGAACAUAUGUUAUCUUUAUAUGGUAAAGGUAAAGUUUUGUAUUAUUAUAUAGCUUAAUGUGCAUUUGCCCUUGGUUAGUUUGAAAAAGCACAUUCAUUUUUAGUUAUUGCCGAUUAGAUAAAGCCCAAUUAACCUUAGAUUUUAGAAUUAUUAAGUAAUCAAAAUAUCUAAAUUAGAACAAUGUGGAGAUUCUUUGAAUGCUUGA